GAUUCUUAUCGACGGUUUAUUAUCCAUUGAAAAUCUAGGACCUCGAUGACAUUUGAAGUCAGUGAAAGGCAGUGGAAACACAGCAGUUAUGACGGCCAGUAUGUCAUCUCUGUUACUUGAUGUGACGACUGUUUUGAUGAUGACACCAGCUUCAUGGGCAACAGCUCAGUCGCUUCCUGAACUGAUCAAUGCAUCAUGCUCAUUUACCACAUGGUAUCUUGAUAUUGACAUGGAAAAACUGAGCAACAGAAACCCAGGGUCGUUGUCCACGGACAUAUAUUUUGGCGAAAACUCGUGUACCGGACACAAAGUCGGCAACCACUUAAUCUUCGAUUAUGACAUCGAAAGCUGCUUGACAAACAAAAAGCCCAGCGAAAUCGAGAUGGUUUACACAAACCAAUUGGUUUACGCCUAUCAUGACCCGAAACACAAUUUCAUCAUACAAAGCAUCAACUGGACGCUAGACAUAAGCUGUCACACUCAGUGGGACGAAUCCGAUCGCAGUUAUGUGACUUUCAACCAACCAACAGGCGGAAAUAAUAGCUCAACUAAUUCAACCGCAUCGAUCCUGACGCAGUUUUUCGUAGAUCCUAAUUUUCAACAGGAAAUAUCUGGAAAUCCACUAAAUGCUACAACAGGCGCUAAAGUGUUCGUCAAGACGUUUGUUCAAAACGUUGAUUGGACGGUGACAAUGAAACAUCUUUCUUGUUAUGCCGAACCAAACCAAAACGGUCAUGGUGCGAGAUACUACCUGAUAAAAAACGAUUUCGAAAUGGACGCCAACACCCACAAACUGUCAUGGACGGACCACGAGACACAGUUCGAGUUCCAAGCGUUCCCGAUGACCGGACCAGACCAGAGACUCUACAUCAAGUGUGAUGCAACGCUUUGUGACGAAGCAGACGUUAUAUGUCAUCGCACGCUGUGACCGGAGACCGCACUGCGCAUAACAAUGAUUUAAUAUGAUGACGACAAUCACACACAUAUUUCAGGGCUUUUGAAAAUACCUGUAUCAAAAAAAGAUUAAAACGAAUAUUCCCAUA